CUGAUUGGUUACACAAAUGUCACCGGUAGAUGUCCGCAAUGGGCAUCCAGUGUGUUUGUAAACUGGGUUUUUCUAAAAAUUUCCAAAAAAUAUCGAAAUCGGUGAGAAAAUCCCGAUGAAAACGUAAAAUUUUAGUGCCCGAUCGAACUGUUUAUGGCAAUACUUCAAUAUUUCUUCGUUCUGUGAAAGCCUUUUUUCAUUGGAAAUAAGGGUUAGGUUUUUACUCUUGCGGCCGUAUGCUAUUUUGACAAUUAUGAUUAGUUGUAUACAUUUUCAAAAUAAUCGUGCAACAUGUAAAAAGACUGUUCCAUGUAGUUUACUGUGAAUUAAUCACCCAACAUUUUAUAAUAUGAGGAAUUUAUAUCAGAACCAAGAUGUGGUUGACUGAAUGUUGGAAUUGAGAUACGCCAACGAUGCAAAGCCUGGAGGCGGCUUGUGAGGAGGGUGAACAUACAUUUAAGAAAGCAAAGAUUAGUCGUUCUUCCUUGCCUGCACCUCGCCCCCAGGAAUCAGAGCAAACAGAAGCAUUGACUACUAAGAAAACCUUCUGUAUUCAUACGAAACUUAAAGAACUUCAUAUUGAAGAAUGUACAAAAGAUUAUAAUCAAAGUUCUUCUGGCCUGAAACGGAACUCAUUAUUAUUAGAGAAAUUGGUAGCUCAGGAAAGACUGAACACUGUAAUUCUAAAUCUCUAUCCGGGUAAUAAAGGUUAUUCGUUAGCUUUUCGUUCUACGCCUCGUUCGGAGAGUCCGGAAAUGGGUCUGUCAGUUUUUGACGACACUGCCAAUAUGCUUGAGACGAGACAGUGGCCUUACGAAGAAGACGAAAUGCUUCGAUGUAUCGAUAACGAGGAGCUACCUUCAUUCUUUAUAGAUUUAUUCGACGCAAACUUUAGUUUUCUGUUUUAUAGUGGAUGUAUUAUAGCGGAAGUUAGAGAUUAUAGACAGUCAUAUCCGCACUUUAAAUGUGAUAUUCAUCAUGUUCUUCUUAAACCUACUUUACAGACUAUACUAUCAGAUAUUCAUUCAAUAACUGAAGACAAAGUAGAUUGGGGGACAGAUGAGAAACAACAAUUAGAAAGUCAACUACUCAUAGCAAAACAUCCUACCUUAUGUUUAGACGCAAAUCCAUUAGUAGGCGAAAUUCAAUGUAAAUUAAAUCACACUCGACAAUUAUUAAAUACACAUCGAUUAAGAAGAUACGCUCGUAAAUUUUCGCAAGUAACAGUAAAUCGCAAGAGGAAAUUGGACCAAUUUACACACAGGCCUGGUUUGGAAUUAUACGAUUAUAUAACUAGAUUACGUAGUAGAUCAAAGAGUAGUAGUGUACCCUUAAGUUCUGUAAAUUCAAAAAUUGCCAAAAAAGUUCACGACGAUAUCAGACCUAUUCCCGUUCCGAAUUUAGACGUGCCGCUAUUGAAUCCGCCCUCGCAGGGUGUGCUGAUUAACGAAUUUAAAGCGUACGAACGACCGAAAGAAACCAGCGAUUGCCUCCCGCAACUAAUUGAGGAAUACGUACUUGAGACUGAUAUGCCAUCGAAGGAGAAGGGAAAAUCGAGAGUGUACCACAUUAAGCUGUCCAUUCUUCAGAGGCCCUCAAAUUCGGAAUACUUGGGCGAACUGUACUUAGAUCGGGAUCACAAGAAGGGCGAACGGAACGGAGUGGCGUGCCGAUUCUCUUUAGGGACGAGGGCGCACGCGAAUCGUUACAUUCAGCAAUUCACGGAGAUCUUCACUGAAGGCGGUAGAAAAUCUGUUAGGAUUAAGUAUGGGCUGAGCCAAGGGUAUCGGGAGCGGAUUGCGCUCGCACAAGCUCAGGCACAGAUGCAGUCGCAACAUACUGUCCAAGUCAAUUUACCUCAGCAACAGCUAACACAUUUGGGGCAAAAUUUGCAGAGUCCGCCCUGCGUUAUGCCUUUAGUAAACGGUACAGUAGGAUCUGGUGUAACCUUGGUUCAACAAAAUCAAAACGUACAGAAUUCGUCAGUUCCGAUUUUGCAGACGCAGGUUCAAACGGGUCAGACGAAACUUACCAGUUCUGAAAUUGAAAUCAAUGCGUUAGCCACGAAGUUAAUGAAUUCUGCCCAGCAAUUCCAAGCAGCAGCCAAUGCCAAACAGCAACAGCAGCAGCAGCAACAACAAAAAUUAGCUUCUGUUACGAACAAUGCCGCCAUUAUAAAUCUUCUUAAUAGUUCACCUGCGAGCAAUGUAAACAGUGAUGCUAGUGCCGCCGUUGUAAAUGCUAUCAAUAAUACGACUAGUGUUUCGCUUUUACCUCAUCAAAUGCAAACUAUUAAUCAAAAAUUAAUAGGACGUAAAAUGACAUUAUCUAAUGUACCUAACGCGCGUGUGCUUAAUAAUAGUAACCUAAUAACCGUAAAUAAUAAUAAUAAUAGAAUGACCUUGUCUGACCUAAGUUCUCACUUAACUCCAGUGACGCAAGCACAUACAGUGACUUUAACUACAGCUAAUACAAAUUUUGUACAAACAAAUUACUCAAACGUACCUAUUAAAACAGUAGUGAAUCAAAGAGUAUUAACGCCUAAUACGAAUGAUAAUAAAUCCGCGCUGUCGGCCCUUUUAGUCGGCACGCCGGCCGCCGACAGACCUGACAUUGUAGGGCCGAACACGAGUUCUUUACUGUUAGAAAAAUUAGCGGGUAGUUCUGCAACGACACCUGUUCCUACACCGAGUCCAACGAACUUUAUUCAAAGUCCGAAAACGCAGUACACAGUGCAAUCUCCAAAAAGCGUUAUUUCGCCUCUAUCGAGUCCUCCACCUCAAAGUACGGGAACGAUAAACGUGCAAGGUUUAAAUUUUACUCCGAUUCAGAACAUUUCCGGUUUACAAAAUGUGCAACUGCAGUUACCCGGUUUCUCUCAACCCAUAUCUUUGCCGUUAAACGUUUCCUCCGCGGGAACGAUUCAAGGACAUCCUACUAGUAUUAUCGUUUCGUUACCCGUAACGACAGCUACCGCCACUGCCACGAGUAUAACACAACAGGCCGCAACUACUUUGGUUACUUCUGUUACUAGUCCGACAGUUGUUUUGACCAAUGCUGGCGCUGGCAAUUUAGCUCAGCUGGUGACUUCCAGUGUGAAGGGUUUAAGUCAACAGAGUUUAAGAGCGGCGGGACCGGCAGGCGUGACAUUAUCUCAGGGAGGACAAUUUCAACUACUGACACCCGUACAAAGGCCUAGAAUGCAACAAAGUGGCAUACAACAAAGCAUAGCGCGAGGUGUGCAACGAACGCCAAUAACAAUCAAGAUGGCUAUUCCUAACGCAACUGCAGCUCAAGUAACGCUGCCACCUAAUUCAUCUAUGAGUUCGUUAUCAAAUCAGCAACUUCAGUUCACGCUUCAAAAACAAGCGCAACUUCAACAGUACCAACAGCUUUGCCUGAAUCAACAGCAAAAGAACAUUACUCAAAAUAUUACUGCCAAAGUACGUCGAAGAUCCAAUGCAUCAGAUCCUCAGCCUUAACGUCGGUUACAAUUCUUAAUAUAAUUUAUUUUUUUAUGUUAAUACCAAACCGAGUACUUUUUAUACAACUGCCCAAUAAGUUAGUGAAUCCGUAUUGUAAAAUCUAAUUAUUCUAUCUUGCAUGGGAUAUCUUGAUCUCAGAUACUGUAUUGUCUUGCACAGUUGUUCCUAGAAAGCAAUAUUGAAACGCUUAUGUAGCUGCACGAUUUUAUUUAAAAACAAAUUAUAUGUUUUGCAAUAAACUACAGUGAAAAAAUUACUCGGGCAUUCAUGGCACUGUUUUAAGUGACACUAACCUCUGUAACUGUCGUUUUGGAAGAAUAAUUUGUAGAAUAUUAAAUUAAUAGUGCCAAAAAUUGUUAGAUUUUAAUUAUGCUUUACCUCAAAAUUACUGUGACUUGUAAUACUUUCAUUUCAUGUAUUUAUAUUGCUGCCCUGGUGAAAUGUUUCCAAUACAUCAUUGUCAUACAGGUGGAGGAGUGAGACCUGCAACUAUUUGUAUAUAUGGACAGUCAAUUUAUUAAUAGAUACAAUGUAAUUUUUACAUUGUGCUAAAGAUAAAACGUGGGAUUAACAGAUGAAGAUCGACUUUCUACUGUCUUAUAACCAUCUCGUUUUACAAUAGACAGAGAAGCUUUCGCCCAAAAUUUGGUUGAUAGGUGAAUGUGAUUUGUUAUCAAAUUUCUUGUACUUAUGAAAAUAUGAAUAGGUUGCAGGUUAUUCACUUUUCCAGUGACAAACACAAUUAAGCAAAUACUAAUUUAAAUUAGUAUUACCUCUACCUCGCAUCGUCCUUUUUUCUAAUAUUCUGGAAACCUAUAGUUCUUCCCGUAAAUUCAUUAUCAUGACUUUCUAGUCAACACUUAUGCUGUACAGGUACACCUAGACAAUAAAACUUCAUUUUUUUGCAAGUAGAGACAACAGUGAAUUAUUUGUAAAGAAAGUCGGUGAUAAUGGGUAAUCUGCAUACGCCUCAUAAUUUUUACCGAUUGUUUAUUGUAUAAAAUAAAACAGUAAUUUGAAAGUGUGGUUCGUAACAAUUACAUUACAAGUUGUGCAAAUGACAAACAGUAGUAUCGUUUAAGUUGUGUUUUUUUAUUUAGUCAUAUUGUAUAUAUUUAGUGGUGGUUUUAAUUAUUUUAACUUAUUCUUGUUUUAUGUUUGUAAAGACAUCACUAAGUGCAUUAGUUAUAUACGUAGUAGAAUUGCAAGUAAUAUACAGUUAAUACAAUCUUAAAAUUCAAUAUGUGGGCAAACCACUCUAAAAAUACCGCGAAUGCUUUCUCAUUUCCUAUUUGAUUUUUCCUGCAAAUCUCGCUUGUGUUAUUUGCAAAUUGUGGUUGUGUAAGAUUAAAUGUGACGACUGAAUGCAAGUUAGCUAUAAAGUUUAUCUGGUCUAAAACAACAUUUAAGAGUAUAUGUUAUUGUACAUACAGUAUUUAAAAUAGUAAUAAAUUUUAAGAUUUUUUUUUAUUCCA